AUGGAUCCCGACGUGCCUCCCGCCCCGUCCGAUCCUCAACCGUCCCUCUUCAGAUGGAUCCUGGGCUUCCUCAUGGUCGGCGCCUGCUGGGGCCUGACGACGCCCUUCAUGCGAAAAGCGGCCAUGAACUACACGCCUCCUCCGCGUCCGUCCGUAACCGAUCCGAAUAACUCAUGGUUGAAGAGGAAGAUACUGGGGGUGUGGUACGCGGUGAUAGGGGUACUGAGCCGGCCAGCAUAUGCAGUUCCACUGUUGUUGAAUGUGACGGGGAGUGUUUGGUUCUUUAUAUUGAUUGGAAAGGCUGAAUUGAGCCUCACGGUGCCGAUUACGAAUUCAUUGGCUUUUCUAUUUACGGUGCUUGGAGAAUGGUGGGCAGAGAAGAAAGUGAUCAGCAGAGAUACUUGGAUAGGCAUGGUGCUCGUGCUUGGUGGAAUAGGACUCUGCGUGCAGAGCAAGUCGUAG